AUGGCAACCCUAGUUGAAUACACCCAGAUCGAAUUGCUCACACUGAGCGGCCCUGAAUACCGCCGAGUAUCUACUGCUCCCCCGCGACCCCCGACCGAAGAUGAAAUCCCGAUCAUAGAUCUUUCCUCGAUUGAUGGCGAUAUAGAAGACCGAAAGGCCAUCGCAUCCAAGAUAAAAUCAGCGGCCGAAAACACAGGCUUCUUCUAUAUCAAAAACCAUGGAAUUGCAGAAGAGCUCAUCCAGAAUGCUCUAUCGCAAGCCAAAGCUUUCUUCGAUCAGCCAGACGAGAAGAAAGAGCUGGUUUCAAAUCGCAAAGAGACAUUCUCCGUGCGCUACAACCCUAAAAACGACCCGACAAUCUCCGACCCAGAAUCGCUGCUCACAGACGAACGAUACUCAUACGGCGGCGACGAUCUGAAAUGGGAGGGAACAAGCCACCUCCCGGGAUUCCGCGAAACAACAAUCGAAUUCUACCAGCGCCGCCUCGCCCUCGCACGCAAGAUGGUGCGCAUCUUCGCGCUCGCAUUGGACAUGCCAGAGGACUACUUUGACGGAGUGACAACCCACCCCGGCGCAGACGGUCUCUAUGUGCAUUAUCCCGGCACAGAAGAUGCGCUCGAAGACAGUAAAACCGAUGUCGAUGUCGGCAUAGGCUCGCAUACCGAUAUCCAGUGCGUAACUCUCCUGUGGCAAGAUAUGUCAGGAGGGUUGCAGGUCCUUUCUGCUAGCGAUGAGUGGCUCGAUGCUCGACCUAUUGCCGGCACGCUUGUUGUUAAUAUCGGGGAUUUCUUGCAGCGUCUUUCGAAUAACCGGUUUAAGUCCACUGUGCAUCGGGUUUAUAAUCGUCAGUCUACCUCUAGGUAUUCUAUGCCCUUUUUCUUGGGCUUCAAUCCCGAUUCGGUUUGUCAGGUUGUGCCUUCUUGUGUUGAUGAGGCCCAUCCUGCUCUUUAUGAGCCUAUCCCCUGUGGAAAGGUUAGUUGA